AAAAUAGUUGUAAUUCUUGAAUCAAAUCCCUUAAUUAGUUUCAAAAAUGUUAUUAUCCUGCCCUAUAUAUAAAUCUUAGCUAGAUUAAGGUUCAUAAAACACAAAGUACCAAUCUAAAAAAAUAUAGUUUUAACUAGCAAUCACCUGAAGAAAAAGAUGUUAAAAGCUUAUCUCAAGAUUGCAUUACUACUCUUUUCCAUGGCAUCUAGCAGAAUUUCCCUUUCAAAAGCAUCAAGAGUAGUAAAUCGACCAACUCCUUGUCCCCCUGAUGCUGAUUGCAAACAUCUUGGCUGCUUUCAGGGCCAACCUGACUGUACUAAGGGACUCUGCACCUGCAAAGAUUUGGCGUCGAUAGUAAUAAAUCAGGCAAAGGGGUGCAUCUCUGAUGCCGAUUGCGUACGCAGUGCCUGUUCGGAAGGCAAAUCUAGUUCGUGUAAUGGCAGCCAGUGCGUCUGCAUAGGGAUACAAGAAGACUCUCCUGGAAUUACUUUGGACAGCUCCAUAGAUCAGGGUUUACGUCGAUGUCGCAAAGAUAGUGAUUGCAAAGCAAUUUGUCCCCGGAAAUGCAAAUCCACAGACUGUAUUGGGGGUAUAUGCUUUUGUAGCUGCUAAUCCUGAUGAAUGAGAAUUUUGUUGCAUGAAUAACUAAAAAGAAAUAAAAGUUCUUUACAAAUCACAAUCAGUAUUAAUAUUUCAAGAAAGAAAAAAAUAAUAAAAGACUUUACCUAA